AGUAAGCCCCCCCAUGCCCUGCCCUGGCAUCCUGCUCUUCCCCCAGAUCCCCCCUUUGCUCCAGACCCCGGCCUCAAGUUUGCCCACCGAGCCCCCCAUUCAAAUCCCCUUCUCGCUGUCAGGUGGCCUCCCCUGCCCCCCAGGUUAUUCCCGAGAGCCUCUGAUGCCCUGACUUUUCUUCCAAUGUCACCUGCGGCCCCCCUGGACUCCGCGAAGCCACAAACUUUAAUGGAAAGGGAAAGUCUGGGUUGGUUUCACAGGCCUUUUAAAAAGCGGGCUUAAAAGUUGCUGGCAACGCAUUCCUGCCCAGUCUGACUGGAGGGCAGGCUUUCUGUGAAUUCUGAGUGACCUGUGUCCUCUUCCGGAGAGCGGCGAAGGGUGGAGAAACCGAGAUAGGGGAACGGUGGUAGCCCCUGGAAAAGUUCUGGAGAAGCCUGGAAAGAUGGUCCACGUUUCCUUUUUGCUUGGGAAUUGAAAUGAAUUUAGUGUCGUUGUUCCCUUUCAGCAACCCCUGUGACUAUUUCUGUUUUAAGUUUUUCUUCUCGAAAAACAGAAGUACUCAGUCCAAGCGGUAUACUUCAAGAAACUUUUGGCUUGCAUUGUAAUUAAGACUGAUAAACUGUGGAAAUCGUUGGAACUCCUGUUUACAUGUGACAGCCCGACUCGGCUUCCUUUGCUGGUGGAAGACAUCUUCGUGAGCUUGGACUCAGUUGCUGUCUUGGGAAGCUGCAGUGAAUGUGAAAUCCAGCUCGGUACUGUUUUCCUCCCCAGCCCACUGUGUUCUGGAAGACCUUGAACCCUCUUCUGACAAGGGGUGCCCAUCCUUGCUUUAUGGGGCAACAGCCUGGAAAAGUUCUUGGGGACCAAAGAAGGCCAAGUUUGCCUGCCCUGCACUUUAUCAAAGGAGCAGGGAAGAAGGAAUCAUCGAGGCAUGGGGGCCCCCACUGCAAUGUGUUUGUGGAACAUGGGACAGACCCCACUGCCUUGGAUAUGCUAAGCAAGUGCUCUGUCGCCGAGCUACAGCCCUGAGUGCCCCCAUCCCUUUUUCCCAUUUCUCUUUUUUCAUUGUUGGUUUUUUGGGGGGUUGGCCUUUUUGAGACAAAGUCUCACUAUGUGGUUCAGGCUGGCCUUGAGCUCACUAUGUAGCCCAGGCUGGUCUCAAACUCACAGGUCUCAAACUCAGGAGGCCUCAGCCUCCUGAGUGCUGGGAUCACAGGAGUGUGCCUCUACGCCUAGCUCGAAGCCCGAUCCCUUUUUCAAAAAUUCAUUUUGAAACAGGGCCUCACUAAGUUGUCCAGACUGGCCUCAGCCUAAGUCCUGUGGCCUCAGCCUCACAGGUAGCUGGGAUGAUGGGAGUGUACCCCUGAUUCAGUCUAAACUGUACAUACCUAAGUAUGCGAUUAGAUAAAUUUUGAUGUAUGCACGCAAAAGUAUUAGAAAACAAAAAUCUUUCAGACCCAGGAAUGAAAAGAAAUCUCCAGGAGAACUUUAAAAGGUGUUAUCCAAACUAAACAGCAGUGAACACCAAAGACAAAGCAGAUGUAGCAGCCAUCAGAAACUGAUUAGCUUCCUGGGAGCACAUCUUUAAAAACUUCCCUGUACCCCUUUACAGUUCUUCCCUGGCCCAUUUUUCUCCAGUUGCAGUCAGCUGCUCGCCACCUUUGAUGUUUUCUGUCGCCAAAAGUUAGUUUUCAUGUGUGUAGAAAAUAAAAUCCAACGCAGUGUGUA